AAGAUGCUGUAUUGACGAGCAGUCGCGCCUCAGCCAUGGACAACUUCGGUUACCGAGAGAUGUCGUGGCAGAGCGUCCCUACCACCCGAACCUCCGUCAGAAGCAGCAACCUGUCCAGAAGUUUCAGCUCCCGGACUAGGGACUCCGAAGAAAUCCCUCUGAACACUAGAUACAAACAUGUCCGAAACAUCGACCUACUCGAAUCAGCUAGGGUACCUAGCUCCACAAAAGACUACCUAUUCGUCGGCCCUUCUCCACCGGCUGACGACGCACCCAAUAUGCAUGCAAGUUUUGACGUGCUUGCCCCAGAUUUAGAAGCAAGAUUAACCGAAGACGCCGUUCGACGUGGACUCUGCGAAAGAGCUAUCACUUACGGCGCUGGAAGAUUUUUCGAUGACAUCGAGUGCGGACUGAUCACAACUGAAAAUAUUGAGGAACAUAUCAGCUCCGCUCCGGAAGCUGUGAUCAAUUUGGCUCUGUUAUGGGCUACUUUUCUGACACGAGAUGAACUUUUGCCGGCUAUUUUGGAUGCAGGAGCCGAUAUACACUAUGCGGAGCCAGCUGGACUUUCAGCAUUACAUUUAGCUGCUUUCAGCAGUGCCAAAAAUGCUGCGUUAUAUCUUCUCUCUCGCGGAGCCGAUGUGGAUUAUGCACCAAAAUACUUUACGCCUCUCCAUUGUGCUGCUUUUGGGAACUCAGUUGAAGUUGCCGAAAUACUUAUUGCUAGUGAAGCGUCUCUUCAUGCAGUAGUGCAAAGAGCUGGUUGUGAAGAUAAUUUGGUUCAUUGUGCAGUGAGAUCAGAUGCUGUUGAGUGCAUGGAUUUGUUCAUAAGUUCAGGUGUUGACCCGGGUUACGUCACUUCAGGAGGAUUAAAUGCUUUGCAUUUAGCCGCAGAACUUGGCUCACAGCGCUGUCUUGCAUAUUUGCUUAAGGAAACAAAGAUAAGCGUAAAUGGACUGACCAAACAACGGGAUAAAGAAUCUACAGCAUUACAUUUAGCAGCUUCUCGUGGAUAUGCCGAAUGUGUAGAGCUUCUACUAACAGAAGGUGCUAAAGCAAAUACAUUAAAUCAUAGAGGUUUCACAGCACUACAUCUCGCAGCCAGAUGUUCAAGUUUAGAAUGCGUCGAGGCGCUAUUGAGAGAUGGCAAUGCAGACCCGAAUAUUGAGGAUUUUGAUAAGCGAACACCACUUCAUGCUGCUGUGUCCCGCUCCGAUCGUGCAUCUGAUAUAAUUGAUAUGCUUGUGAGUUGGGGAGCACAGGUAAAUAAGAAAGAUGUAUAUGGAUAUUCACCUCUACAUAUAGCCGCUAUAGACGGGUUAACGCCUUGUGUGGAAACUUUGAUAUUUUUAGGUGCUGAUGUAACAUCAAAAUCCAAGAAAGGACACACAGCUCUUAGCGUAAUUGCUAGGAAAACUCCUAAAUCUUUGACUAUUUUACGGCAUAACUUGGAUAAUGGAAUUUCCAUCAGUCGACCAACUGAAGCCAACGAAGAAGUACAAAUAGAGUUCGAUUUUGGAAAACUUUUGAAAUUUUCUUACCCCCGAGAAAUUACAUAUUUAAAUAGUUUGAUAGACGAAGGCCAAAAAGACAUAUUGCUACAUCCAUUGUGCUCAGCAUUUUUGUUUAUGAAAUGGCGAAAGAUCAGAAAAUUUUAUUUAGCCAGACUAAUAUUUUGCUUUUUAUUUGUAUCAUUUUUAUCUAUUUACGUCCUGACAACAGUUGUGAAAACUUGUAAGGGAAAAUAUUCUGAAAAAUAUGGAGUAAAAAACGAGUUGUGCCAACCCCAAUCUCUUCUCGGAGGAAUGUUGAAUCACAAUCCGAUCGAAUUUGAGAGAUGGAUUCUUAUCGGUAUCACAGCUUUCGAAAUAGUGCGCAAAUUGACUGGUAUUACUGGAUAUUCAAGUAUACAUCAGUAUUUUACAACAUUUGAAAAUCUUAUGGAGUGGUUUGUUCUUCUGUCUGUAUUUUCAUUGUACAAAAUAAAUGCAGACUAUAGCUGGCAAAACCAUGUUGGCGGAUAUGCGGUUUUAGGAGCUUGGACAAACCUGAUGUUACUAAUGGGUCAACUUCCAAUGUUUGGUGAUUACGUAGCGAUGUAUCAGAAAGUAUUGACCGAGUUUCUGAAGCUACUUUUAGCAUACAUUUGUUUACUUCUGGGUUUCACUAUUUGCUUUUGCGUAGUAUUUCCAAACGAGGAAAUGUUUUCCAAUCCAUUGAUGGGUUUCAUAUCUACACUUUCAAUGAUGGUAGGGGAGUUGAAUUUGAGCAUCCUUAUAAAUGAUCCCGUAAAACAAGAAGAUCCGCCUCUUUUAUUUGAAAUAUCGUCACAAAUUAUUUUCAUCCUGUUCCUCAUGUUUGUCACUAUUAUCUUGAUGAAUUUGCUUGUCGGUAUCGCAGUCCACGAUAUUCAAGGUCUUCGCAAAACUGCUGGGUUAUCGAAAUUAGUUAGACAAACAAAGCUAAUAUUGUUCGUAGAAAUGGGUAUGUUUAGUGCACUCCUACCAAAAUGUCUUCACAAAUAUGUGUACAGAACUGCCUUAGUGUCACCUGAGGCUGGGAAAGUUAUACUUAUUGUUAAACCACUCAAUCCUCGUGAAAAAAGAUUGCCGACAGAUAUAAUGAUGGCGGCUUAUGAACUGGCUCAGUUGAAUAAGAUUAAGUCUGGAGGGUCAGUAAAGGAAAUAUUGCAUAAGAACAGAUAUUCCUCGAAGUUCAAGAAUGAACCAAAGACACAAGACCCGACCAUGAAUAUCGAAAUAAGGGGAAUGCAAGAAAAGAUUGAUCAGACCACGUUUAAUUUGAAGAAGAUAGAUCAAGAGAUGAGACAUUUGAACACAUUAUUGUUGGAACAGCAACAUUUGUUACAGACAUUGGUUAAGUACCAUGACACAAGUAUUCACAGAUCAUCAAGUUACGCAACAACUACAACGCAUUAUAACAACGAAUCACCCGUUUUCUUCCCAAAUAAUGAAAUUUCAAGAUAUCAGUGAAAAUAAUGAGAAUCCAUUUGAAAAUAAUGUGUUUACAUUAUUAAGAUACGGUGGUAUUUUCUGCUAAAUGGAGAUAGUGGCUGUUCAAAUAAUUGUCAGGGUAUUUUGUGAUGUACACGUAUGUAUUUGUUUAAGACUAAAUAAGGAUACAAGUAAUGUUUUAUAAUGUAAGCAGUGAAAAGAUGUUUUUGUGAUAGCAAAAGGCAUUUUUAUCGAGUAAUUUAAACUCGGUGUGUUUAUUUAUACAUUUUUAAUAUGGAAAUUUAAAUCAUUGAACCAUCAUUGUUGAAAUUUCUGAUAAAAUAUCUAUGUACUAUAAUGUCCAUCAAUGAAGUGCUAAUGUCCUGUUUGGCUAUAUUAUCAAUGUUGAUAUUUAUUGUUUGGCUGAACGACAGAUAACUGCAGUCUAACAAGGUUCUUUUGGCAUUUUAGUAGGGGCGCCACUUACGUUCUAAAUAAGAAAUUUUACUAGCUCAGGAUAUUUGUUUACUGUUUUACCAUGCCUUAAAUGAUUCUUGUCAGACUCAGAAGAAUUUCAGUGACUGAAACUUUGAUAUAUUCGGAAUUUUAAAAAGUAUUUCCAUGUUAUAUCAAAAUAUAUAGCACAAAAUAAUUAUAUAAAGUAAGAUUUUACCAAGAUAAGCGAAAGCUGUGAAUGUGUUUGGUUUAUACGAUAUAAUAAUAAUUAUUCAUGUCACUAUUUUGUAAUUUUAAUGAAGUAUACAAAACUUUACUUGUGUAUUUAAUCGAAGUAUAUGAGUCAGAAAUGUCAUGUACAUAGAGAAAUGAAAAAUGAGAUGUCCUAGUUUAUACUAUCUGUCCUAUUUCCAUACUUCACGUUCAAUUAGACGUGCACACAAUGCUUUGACCUAACUGCGCUGCGGUACACUACACGACGCGAUGGGACACACUCUUUACAUCUCACUUGUUCCCAGUUUCAUUUGGGACUGUGACGUAGCGAAACCCGGAGUCAGCGUAAAAAAAAUUGAAGAUUUUAUAACCUGUCGCCUUUUGCGUUAUUUAUUUAAAAUCAAUUUUUAAGUAUGUAUGAUAAUUUUUAAAAAUUGAUUUCAUUUUGUACUGGCGUGUGGUUCAGCUCUAUAAUAGGAGCAACCCAUAUCGUCCCGUGGAUAUUGUGGAUGGAUGAUAGACAACAAUAGCACUCCCAAGUAGGGUUGGUUGACGUCAGGCAGACGGCCUGUUGUGAAUAUAAGAGAGAGAGCGAGAGAGAGAUGUGAAUCAACGAAGCCUAGUGUAAGGAUUUGAAGAUAAAAAAAAAUAUUAAAAUGAAGAUUCGUCUGUGGUUUUAAAACCGAU